CUUUGUGUCCACCUCUUGUGCGCUGGUCUGAACGAAGGAGACGUAAACGUAGAUUGUUUAGCGCCUCCUACGAUUCCAAUCAAACCGCACUGCAGCAGAACAACUCCAGAGCAAAAGGAAAGCAGCCAGGCUCUACUCUGCAAUCUAGGUACGGGUAGUAUGAUCCGGCGCCUGCUCCUGCUGCUCUGCCAGCUCGCCCUCGCCGGCGCAGCGUCCAGCUCCAAGGUGGUGACCAGCCUCCCCGGGUUCCAGGGCCGCCUCCCCUUCCACCUCGAGACCGGGUACGUGGAGGUGGACGAGGACAAGGGCACCGAGCUGUUCUACUACUUCGUGGAGUCCCAGGCCGGCGGCGAGGAUGCCCCUUUCCUCCUCUGGCUCACCGGCGGCGACCACUGCUCCGUACUCAGCAGCCUCGCGUUCGAGAUCGGUCCAUUCAAGUUCGUCCUAGAGCCUUACAAUGGCACCAUACCGAGCCUGGAAAUCAAUCCCAACUCAUGGACCAAGGUGGCACAUAUCCUCUUCGUUGAUUCGCCGGUCGGGGCCGGAUUUUCCUUUUCCAAACAACCUCAAGGAUACGAUGUUGGGGAUGUAUCUACCUCACUGCAGCUCCAUGAGUUCCUUAUCAAGUGGAUUAGGGACCAUCCCAAGUUUCUAUCGAGUCCUCUCUACAUCGGUGGAGACUCUUAUGGUGGAAAAAUCGUACCAUUCAUCGCACAAAAGAUUUCAGAAGGUAAUGAAGUUGGAAGGACACCCCUUCUUAAUCUCAAGGGCUAUCUAGUAGGUAACCCGGUAACAGGUGACCGUAUUGACGAAAGAUCCAAAGUGCCUUUUGCUCACGGAUUUGGUAUAAUAUCAGGUCAAUUAUAUGAGAUGAUAUUGGGGCAUUGUCAAGGACAAGACUACAAGAAUCCUACAAACAUGUUGUGUGCUAAAGCUCUGGGUACUUUCAAUAAUCUCCUCUCUGAAGUUAUGUGGCCGCAUGUUUUGUUGAUCAAAUGCGUUUAUUCAUCUGCUGGACCGCAUGCGGAGACAGACGAUUCGGCCGGUGCUGCCAGAAAGAUCUUAAGCGAGGAACCUGGAAUCAAAGUGGGGAAACGGCUAAAACAUCCGCCAGUUCGUCCUCCACUUGACUGUAUUGACUACGCCCACUACCUGUCGUAUUUCUGGGCAAACGACGAGCGCACCCGAGACGCCCUCGGCAUCAAGGACGGCACCGUGGACGAGUGGGUGAGGUGCCAAGACGGCGGCGUCCCGUACACCAGGGACAUCGCGAGCAGCAUCAAGUAUCACCGCAACGUUACAGCCAACGGCUACCGCGCGCUUGUAUACAGCGGCGACCACGAUUCGGUGGUGCCGCACCUGGGGACGCAGGCGUGGGUGAGAUCGCUCGGCUUCCCGAUCGCUCAUGACUGGAGGGCAUGGCAUCUCAAUGGCCAGUCUGCCGGAUUCACCAUAACUUACUCUAACAACAUGACCUUCGCGACCGUAAAGGGUGGUGGUCACACGGCGCCUGAGUACGAGCCUGAGAGGUGCUUCGCCAUGUUCAGUCGUUGGAUACUGAACCAACCACUCUAGUCUACUGUGUUCUCUCCGCUGGGAAAAACUGCACUUGUAGUUCCCAUAAAACAAACAUGCACGUGCAGAAUGUGAGCUUGUGACUUUGCGUUCGACUCGUCUCCCAAAUGGGCGGGUUGAACAUCGGAUUCCUUUUGCGAGAAGCUGGUUUCUGGAGGUUUUGGAAAGAGACAUACGGUCCUAGACGUGUAUGUUGUUCUAUGUUCAGUCGUUUGAUAAGGCAUGUAGCUGCCAUUUUGCACCGUA